AUGGAUUCCAAUUCUCACCACCACCACCUCCACAGCAACAACAACAAUAACAUGCAGCAGCAUGGUCAGCAACAGGAGGAAGGAAGUGGCGGGAAUGGCAAGGCUGGUGGCGGGUUCCUCUGCAGGCAGUCGAGCACGCGCUGGAUCCCUACCAGCGACCAGAUCCGCAUCCUUCGGGAUCUCUACUACAACAGCGGCCUCCGCUCGCCCAACGCCGACCAGAUCCAGCGCAUCUCCGCUCGCCUCCGGCAGUACGGGAAGAUCGAGGGCAAGAACGUUUUCUACUGGUUCCAGAACCAUAAGGCGCGCGAGCGACAGAAGAAGAGGCUCACCAUGGACUUAGCCGCCACCGCCGCCGCCGCCUCCUCUAACGACACCUGCACCAAGACUAGUUUUCCUGCUAACAGGAUGUGCGGCAUCGCCGGGCAGAGUGCGGACGACGGCGGUUUCGAUGCUGCCCUGUUCGCCGAGCCCAACUUCAAAUGUUUCUAUGAACAGGAUCACUGCGUGCCGGGAAGAGUGCCGGCGGGGAGCGCAACUCCGCCACCGCCGCCGCCGACGACGACGUGGAUGCAUCACUGGCACGCUAACGCUGAGAUGUCGGCGCGCGACAUCGAGACCCUGCAGCUGUUCCCCAUCAGCACGCUGAAAGAGGUGGAGGUGGAGGUGGAGGUGGAGGAGGAGGAGGAGCAAGAGCAGGAAGCAGGGCAGGGAGUCGAGAACUACUACUACUACGCGUCGAACGGAAAGAUCAACGGCGGCCAAUGCCUCAUUCCCGGCAUGCACUGCUACAGUAGUAACCCUUCCGGCGGCCACCAGCCACAGGAGGAGCCGCAUCUCUACGACCUCAACGGCGCGGCGGUGGAUUCGUUGGAGCUGACGCUCAACUCCUACGGCGCCGAGAAUCCUGCUGCAGACAACUGA